CGCCGCCGCCGCCGCCGCCGGGCGGAGGGAGCGCCAGGCCCAGGCCCGCCCGCUCCCGCGCACCGCUCCGGCCCCGGCCCCGGGAGGGCGGGCGGCGCUGCCGCCGAGCAUGGCGAGCCGCCGCCGAGCCCCGCGACGGACCGGCGGGGGACGCUGACCUCCCCCUCCCUCCCCCCCCCCCCCCCCCCAAUCCCCCGCCUUUCCACACACGCCCCCCCCCCCCGCCCUCCCUCUCCCCCACCGGCCCCGACGGGCCCACCGCGCCGCGAGACCCCCCCCCCGCGUGUCCUGUGCUAUGAGCGUUCGGCGUGACUUCUCCGCGAGCAGUUGCAAAUGAAAAUGGAGGAUAUGUCUUUGUCUGGCCUGGAUAACAGCAAACUGGAGGCCAUCGCGCAUGAGAUCUACACGGACCUGGUGGAAGAUGCCUGCCUGGGCCUCUGCUUCGAAGUGCACCGGGCGGUCAAGUGCGGCUACUUCUUCCUGGACGACACGGACCCCGACAGCAUGAAGGAUUUCGAGAUCGUGGACCAGCCCGGCGUGGACAUCUUCGGGCAGGUCUACAACCAGUGGAAGAACAAGGAGUGCGUGUGCCCCAACUGCAGCCGCAGCAUCGCCGCCUCCCGCUUUGCCCCCCACCUGGAGAAGUGCCUGGGCAUGGGCCGCAACAGCAGCCGCAUCGCCAACCGGAGGAUCGCGAGCAGCAACAACAUGAACAAGUCAGAGAGCGACCAGGAGGACAACGACGACAUCAACGACAACGACUGGUCCUACGGCUCCGAGAAAAAAGCAAAGAAGAGGAAAUCGGAUAAGAACCCCAACUCGCCCCGCAGGUCCAAGUCCCUGAAACAUAAAAAUGGCGAGAUCGGAGGGAACCCCGAUCCCUUCAAGUACAGCAACUCGGCAGGAAUCAACUAUGAGACGCUGGGCCCCGAGGAGCUGCGGACGCUGCUCACCACGCAAUGCGGGGUCAUCUCCGAGCACACCAAGAAGAUGUGCACCAGGUCCCUGCGGUGUCCCCAGCACACGGAUGAGCAGCGGAGAUCGGUCCGGGUUUACCUCCUCGGUCCUUCCGCGUCCCUGCCCGAGGCGGAGAGCAGCGUGGAGAACGACAGCUUCGAGGUGGCGGAGAGCCAGGCCAUCAUGAGCCGGCUGCAGUGGGACGGCUCCUCCGACAUCUCGCCCUCCGACUCGGCCUCCUCGAAAGCCAGUACAAACAACUCUGAGUCCCGCAAGACCAAGAAGAAGAAGCCCCACUUGGGGCUGGUGAGCGGCGCCCCGGGGCUCGGCUCCAGCAAGAAGAAGAAGCCCAAACCCCCCGCGCCCCACACCCCCAGCAUCUACGACGACAUCAACUGAGCGCAGCGGAGCUGUUGGGGGGGGGCGGGACGGACAGACGGACAGACACGGGCCAGGGCAGCCCCUCCCGCCCCGCCGGGGACAGCCCCGCGUUUCGGACACAAAGCGGGUACCUGGGGGGUGAAGGAGGGAGGACUUGGCCAUUGCUGGGGGCGGGGGGGGGGCUGCUGGAUUUGGGAGCCCCCAUUAAGUUGCCCCCCUUCCUCCCCGGUGCCUCUAUUUAUUCUGUGACGUAUUUUUUUUUUUUUUUUUUGUACGGGGAGGGGUUCCUGUCAGGGCUCUGAGGGGGCAUCUCGCUCAGAGAUGGGGGUACAACCCCACCCCACCCCCCUUCCCUUCCAAAAGCCAGCAGUGCCCCCUCCCACGCUCGCCCCUCCGGAGCACCCUUACCCCAGCGGGGUGGGGGGCAGCUAGGUGAUGGGAGGGGGGUGCAGAUCCCUCCUGCCCCCAGGGAUUUUGGGGGGGGGGGCAGUCCCUGGCCUGGGGCUGCUCCCCUUCUCCAUGUCCCGGGCCAGCGCUCGCUGGUCGGGCUGGCUCAGGAUGGGGGUGGGGGGAGCAUGUUGGGAAGGGGCUUUUUCCUGCUCCAAGGCAACAAGUGGGGACCCCCAUGCACCCCAAAUCUGCUGUAAAUGGCUGGAUUUGGCUGCUGGGGGUGUUUGGGGCCUGCACAGGGCUUGCCGAGGCCCUGGGCGGGGGGGGGGGCAGGUCUGCAUGCUGCAUCCUUUGUGUUUGGGGGGGGGGGGGGGGGCACAGCAGGGACUCCAUCCCCAACUUGGGGGGUGGGGGGGAGAGCUGCUGUGCCCUUUGCUGCUCUGAACUGGCCUCUGUGUGGGGAGGGAGGACUCCAACAUGCCGGGGACAUCCCGUGUUUCACACCCCCCCCCAACCCCCCCCCCCCCAAAUCUCAUAUCCCCAGGCUGGUGGCCUCAGGGCAGUUCUGUGUCCCUGUCCCCACAUGCCUGGGGACCUGCUGCUGCAGUCAAGGGGGGGGGAGCCUUUGGGACCCCCCCAAAAGCUCCAACUGGUGUUUGCACCCCCAUGGACUCCGGUUCUUGGCUUGGGGGGGGGGGGGGGGAGCUGGGACAGGCACCCCGCUGUGCGGGCCUGGGGACACCACAUCCCCCCAUACCUCCCCCCCUGCUUUGGCUGUUUUCUAGUGCAGGGGUUGUGUUGGGGAUGGGGUUCGUUCACCCCCCUCCAUUGUACCCCCCCCCCCAACAGCUGUCUGACACCCCAAAUUUGGCUGUAUGUCCCUGGGGGGGGGGGGGGGGGGGAAGGCAGGGGACACCCCAGUCUCGGGGCGGGGUGGCUGGUCCUUUUGGUGGGUCUUGCAAAUUAUGGUGCUCUCGACUCUGGAUUCAUUAUUGUUUUAAAACUGCUGCUAAAGGCUAGUGCCGUGGCAGGACCCGGGGUGGUGUUGGGGGGGGGGGUCCCCACAGAGCCCUGGGCACCCCAAACUGCCGGGGGGGGGGGGCCCCAGCUGCGUGGGGACCCCCGCACAGUCCCUCCUCACUGCAGUCAGCUGUAGCUCCCAGCCGAGCUUUGGGGCUGGGAGCUGGCGGGGGGGGGACACGACCUGGCCACCGGAGCACGCCGAGCUGGCCUUCGCGCGCCCCGGGGCCCAAAAACGGGGGUUUGGGCACCCAAAAACACAGAGGGAACCUCCCUGGGCUCCCCCCCCCCCCAACUGCCUGAGGAAGACACAGUGACUGGGGGGGGGGGGGGGGCAACACACACACACACACAGGCUGAGCCCCUUCAGCUGCAGGAGAGGCGCUGCAAUUUGGGGUCCAAGAUGUGUAACGGGGCUGGGGGGGGGGCUUCGAUUGUGCCCCGGUGCGUCCCCCCCACCCCUCCCCAGGUCCGUGUGUUCCCCCCCCGCCCCCCACGGCAGAGCCGGUGGCCGCCCAGAGCCCUCCCGGGCUUGAGACUUGUAUUUUCGCGCACGUACUCCAUCCCGUACGGGUAGUUGAGCCGUUGUAAGGUCUGUGUGUCCCAUUAGUGGGUUGUGGCUGCCCCUGUAAAUAAAACUGCAUCUCAACUUGGUA